AUGACGACCAAGUCCCAAGAGCCCGUAAUCACCUCCAUCGAGGACCUUCCCAUCACCGAGUCGAAAUGGGUCACCCUCAAGCGCAUCAACUUCACCGACCAGACCGGCAAGGCCCGCACCUGGGAGUCCGCCGUGCGCAAGACCCGCUCCGCCGCAGCGGGCGUCGACGCCGUCGCCAUGGGCAACAUCCUGCUCCCCAAGCCGCGCACCGAAGGCCAACCCGCCUCCACCAUGCUCGUCAUCCAGUACCGGCCCCCGCUCGACAGCUGGACGGUCGAGUGGCCCGCGGGCCUCGUCGACGCCGGCGAGACGGCCGAGCAGGCUGCGCGCCGCGAGUUCAAGGAGGAGACGGGCUACGAGGUGUCGCGUGUGCUGAGCGUGAGCCCGCCGCAGGCUGCCGACCCGGGCAUGACCAAUGCCAACAUGCAGCUUGUCAUGGUCGAGGCCGAGGUGCCUACUGCGGGCGGGGGCGACAUGCCUGCCCAGAGGCUCGAUGAUGGGGAGCACAUUCAGCGCGUCGUUAUCCCGCUGGCCGAGCUGUACGCGACGCUGGAGGAAUAUUCCAAGAAGGACAGGUUCAUCGUUGCUGCGAAGCUGUUUCACUUUGCGGCUGGGAUGGAGUUUAUGAGGACGCAGAAAUACUUCUAG